GUCACCGUGUGGGCGGGGUCAGGGGAGUGCAGGAGCGCCAGUAGAGGCUGGAGGAGAGUCUCCUCAUCCUUAUUAAAUCAGCAGCACCGUCCACAGAGAGGUGUGUCUGUUCCGCCGGAGCCGCAGACAGAAAGCCGCACUGACCGGAGGACAGACUGCAAAUCGAUCCGAUCCUUCCUGUCCAUCAUGGCGUCAAAAUGCCCCAAAUGCGACAAGACGGUGUAUUUCGCGGAGAAGGUGUCCUCCUUAGGAAAAGACUGGCAUAAAUUCUGUCUGAAAUGUGAGCGCUGCAGCAAGACGCUGAACCCAGGAGGCCAUGCUGAGCAUGAUGGGAAACCUUAUUGCCACAAGCCCUGCUACGCUGCCCUCUUUGGACCCAAAGGUGUGAACAUCGGUGGAGCUGGCUCCUACGUGUAUGAUGCUCCUGUCAACGAGGCCCCGGCAGCCGUUUCCAUGGCAACGCUGGGCAAACCGGAGGAGGAGAGGAGAGCCACGCGGGGACCAGUGAAGGCUGCAAGCUUUUCGUCUUUCUCCGGAGGACCCAACAUCUGCCCCAGAUGCAACAAGACGGUGUACUUUGCCGAGAAGGUGUCGUCUCUGGGGAAGAACUGGCACCGGCCCUGCCUUCGCUGCGAGAGGUGCAGUAAGACUCUGGCUCCGGGCAGCCAUGCAGAGCAUGAUGGACAACCUUACUGCCACAAACCCUGCUACGCUGUGCUGUUUGGACCCAAAGGUGUUAACACCGGAGGCGUCAGCAGCUACAUCUACGAUGAGCCUGAAGCCGAAGCCGAAGCUCAGCCUUAAACCCAGCAGCUGCUUCCACAACGUGGACAAACACCUCCAGGAGCCUCGUUGUCUCGUUGAUUUGCCUUCAAUGGUCAUUGUGACAAAUGAUAUGUACUACAAUCACAGGGAUGGAUUACUUAGUUAUUUAUGUUGUAUUUGUAUAUCGUUUAUAUUAUCUAUUUUUUGUACUGAAAUAAACCUUUAAUAUAUCCUCCCAUGUGAGAUUCAGAUUAACAUUUAGGUUUAUUUGUUCUCUUUGCCAAAUAGUUACUAUUAACCUUUUAUUGUAGUAGAUUAAAGCUCCUGUAUUUCUUCUCCUGGAUUAGUUGGUUUUGAAACAUUUGUGCACUAAAAAUAUGUACUGUACAACAACUAAUAACCAGCCCACCUUUUUAUUGUUUAGUGUUUUUUGGACACAUAGUUUUGAAAGGGAAAAAUAGUUUAGUGAGAAUUAACACAAACAUUUUAUUGAAUGUUACGAAAGCUGGUCAGCUGCUGGUAAUGUUUUAUACAAUAAAACUGUGGGGUAUUAAUGGUUA